UCCCCUCCUCCCUAGCCUUCAGGAUCACUUCCUGAAACUCGCCGUCCUUAUAUAGAGGUUAAAAUUCGAGAAGAGAACCAGACAAAGAAAUUCAUUCAACAGCUUCAACCUCACCUUACCGGCUAGAAUCAUGUGGUACGGAACUCUGCUGGUGCUGGUCGCCAUGGCGAUGCCCGUGUCUGCCCAGGAUUGGUCCCUGGACUCAGAGUGGGAGGAGUGGAAGCAGACCUAUAGGAAGCAGUACAACGGCAUGAACGAAGAGGUGAUCCGCCGGUCCGUCUGGGAGAAGAACAUGAAGCUGAUCGCAGCCCACAACCAGGAAUACGAACUGGGAAUGCACUCCUACGAACUGGGAAUGAACCAGCUGGGAGACAUGACCACGGAGGAGGUGGCUGAGAAGAUGACUGGCCUUCAGAUGCCGCUCUCCAGAGACCCCGACAACACCUUCAUCCCCGACCCCAACAUGGAGCUCCCCAAGUCAGUGGAUUACAGAAAGAAGGGCUACGUCACUCCAGUACGCAACCAGGGUUCCUGUGGCUCCUGCUGGGCGUUCAGCUCUGUGGGGGCCCUUGAGGGCCAGCUCAAGAAGACCACGGGCCAGCUGGUCGAGCUCAGCCCCCAGAACCUGGUGGACUGUACCACCGACAAUGACGGCUGUGGGGGGGGCUACAUGACCAACGCAUUCAAAUACGUCCAGGGGAAUAAUGGCAUCGAUUCGGAAGAGGCGUACCCCUACACCGGAGAGCAGGGGGAGUGCAUCUACAACAAGACCGGCCAGGCUGCCACGUGCAAAGGCUUCAAGGAGAUCCCAGAGGGCAACGAGCGGGCACUGCAGUCAGCCGUGGCCAAGGUGGGGCCCGUGUCCGUGGGCAUUGAUGCCACUCUCUACUCCUUCCAGUUCUACAAGAGAGGCGUCUACUAUGACCCUGCUUGCAACAAAGAUGACAUCAACCACGCUGUCCUGGCUGUGGGGUACGGAUCCUACAAAGGGAAGAAAUACUGGAUUAUCAAGAACAGCUGGAGUGAAGACUGGGGGAACAAAGGCUAUAUCCUGAUGGCAAGAAACCGGAAUAACAUGUGUGGCAUCGCAAACCUGGCCAGCUACCCCAUUAUGUGAAGAGGGAGAGGAGAGGGGGAGGGAGAGGAGAGAGGGGAGAGGAAAGAUGAGAGGAGAGGGGGAGGGAGAGGAGGAGAGGAGAGAGGAGGAGAGGGGAGGGGCAGGGAGAGGAGAGGAGGGGAGAGAGGGGUUAGGGAGAGGAGGGGAGAGGGGAGGAGGAGAGGGGAGGAGGAGAGAGGAGAAAAGGGGAGAGGAGAAGAGGAUAGGAGAGGAGAUGAGAGGAGGGGAGAGGGGAGAGGAGAGGAGAGAAGGAGAGGAGAGGGGCAGAGAGAGGAGAGGGGGGGGGAGAGGAGGAGAGGGGAGAGGAGGGGAGAGGGGCAGGGGGAGGAGAGGAGAGGAGGGGAGAGAAAGGGAGACCAUAGGAACUAUUUUUAAGUGUUUAAAAUGGUAAAUAUUGCAUGCGGAGGAAUUUUCUGUUGUGCAGUUCUGCAUAGGAAUGUAUAGAGACAGUAUCCCAUUUGAAACACGCACUGUAGUACAGGACAGGGUAUUGAAAUUCUCAAUGCAUUCAUCUUAAGGUAGAUUUCGAAUCAUAUUCAUAAGCGAAACUGCACUUUCAUUUUAUUUUUUACCAUGACCAUCUUUUAUAAAAAAAAAAAAUGCUGGCUGCACUGAAAAAUACCUUGUGAUCAAUAUUCAUGCUUCGAGUAUAUAGACUAUACGACAACAAGCGUGAACCACAACCCAAUGACAAACUGGAAAUGAAUCAGAGAGGUUUCUAUUGAAAUAAAAAAUCAAUGAGAAAUA